CAGUUGGGCAUAAUUAGGGUAUUUGGGGGAUUCAAAUUACGGUCUGCCAUGGACACCCUGUUAACCUUCUCUUCGUUUUCAACCAGCAUAUUGACUGGUUCAGCGCUGCUCAAAAUACAAAGAUUUGAAUAUCUCGACCAGGGAAAUUGCUAAAUAAUGGCUGCUGCACCCAAGGAUAUUGAGAAGCCCCAUGGCGGCGAUUCUGCCUCUGUGCACCGCAUCCGCAUCACCCUGACCUCCAGGAACGUGCGUUCCCUGGAGAACGUGUGCCGCGACCUGAUCAACGGUGCCAAGAACCAGAACCUGCGCGUCAAGGGCCCCGUGCGCAUGCCGACCAAGACCCUGCGCAUCACCACCCGUAAGACUCCUUGUGGUGAGGGUUCGAAGACCUGGGAUCGCUUCCAGAUGAGAAUCCACAAGCGCAUCAUCGACUUGCACUCGCCCUCUGAGAUCGUCAAGAAGAUCACCUCCAUCAACAUCGAGCCCGGCGUAGAGGUUGAGGUCACCAUCGCCAACUAAGAUCGGCAGAUGCCACAUUUUUACACCUCAAAAAGUUUGGCGUACAAAUAAAAACAAAGAACUUUUUCCAAACACA